GUAAGCAAAGCUAUGCAAACACUGAGCUAUGUGCUGCUGGGAUAUUUCAGAGCUCUGAAGAUGAAUAGCCUUAAUCUUCUAAGUGGUCACAUCUCUAAUACUUCUCACCUCAGGAAACCUCCACUGAAGAAAGUUUCUAGUUGCUCGCACAGGAGCAAAAGCUGCAGGAUUUUUUUCAGUUCCUCCAGUUUUCUCCUCUGCCUGUCCUUUGGCUUGUUGUACCAAACAGGGGUACUUCUGGGGCACCCUCAAUGCCUUGAUUAUGGUCCUCCUUUCCAGCCUCCCUUUCACCUGGAGUUUUGUUCUGCCUAUGAGACAUUUGGCUGUUGUGACCAGGAAAAGGAUAAUGUUGUUGCAGCCAAAUACUGGGAGAUCAUGGAUUACAUUGAUCCCCAAGCACAUGAGUUGUGUGGAAGAUACAUCAAAGAUAUCUUGUGUCAGGAAUGUUCACCCUAUGCAGCACAUCUUUACGAUGCAGAGAACCCUCAGACACCACUUCGGAACCUCCCUGGCCUUUGCUUUGACUACUGUUCAGAGUUCCAUUUAUAUUGCCGUUCUGCAAUCACUUUGCUUACUGAUGACAAACACAUCCAAGAAUGCUGUGAGAAGAAUAAGACCCGCUUCUGCAAUCUCCUCAACAUCCAGGAUCAAGACUAUUGCUUCCCCAAUGUGCUGAAAAACACAGACCUUAAUCAUAACCUAGGCUCUGUGGUAGAGGACAAAAAAGGCUGCCUUCAGCUGUGUCUCAGAGAAGUGGCCAACAAACUGAGGAAUCCAGUCCUGAUGGUGCAUGCUAAUGACAACACUCAUCGCAUGUUUGUGGCUGAGCAAGUGGGCAUUGUUUGGGUCUAUCUUCCAGAUGGGAGUCGACUGGAAGAGCCAUUUCUGGAUAUUAAGAAGUUGGUUCUAGCUACCCCCUGGAUAGGAGAUGAGAGAGGUUUCCUUGGUAUGGCCUUCCACCCCAAGUACAAAGACAAUGAGAAAUUCUACAUUUACUACUCCUAUUUGGACAAGAAAAAAGUGGAAAAGAUCCGAAUUAGCGAACUCACAGUCUCUCCAUCAGAUGUCAACAAAGCUGAUCCCAAUUCAGAAAGAAACCUCUUGGAGAUUGAAGAGCCAGCCGCAAACCACAACGGGGGACAGGUCCUCUUUGGUCUUGAUGGAUACAUGUACCUUUUCACAGGGGAUGGAGGGAAAGCUGGUGACCCUUUUGGGAAAUUUGGAAAUGCUCAGAACAAGAGCAGUCUCUUAGGAAAAGUUUUGCGGAUAGAUGUGGAUGGAAGAGGUUCCAAUGGGAAGCCUUACCGCAUCCCUCUUGACAACCCAUUUGUUUCUGACCCCAAAGCUUCCCCAGAAGUGUAUGCCUAUGGAGUGAGGAACAUGUGGCGUUGUUCUGUGGAUAGAGGCAAUCCGGUUACUCAUAAAGGAAGGGGAAGAAUAUUCUGUGGUGAUGUUGGACAGAACAAGUUUGAAGAAGUGGACAUUAUUGUUAAAGGCGGGAACUAUGGCUGGAGAGCUAAGGAAGGAUAUGAGUGCUAUGAUAUAAAGCUCUGUCACAAUGUCUCUUUAGAUGAUAUACUUCCAAUAUUUGCUUAUGACCACAGUGUGGGAAAAUCAGUCACUGGGGGAUAUGUUUACAGAGGAUGUGAGUCUCCAAACCUGAAUGGUCUUUACAUCUUUGGAGACUUUAUGAAUGGUCGCCUUAUGGCUUUGCAGGAAGAUGAGAGAGGAAGUAGAUGGAAGAAGCAAGAUAUUUGCAUUGGUAGCACUAAAGUCUGUGCUUUCCCAGGGCUGAUCAGCUCUUAUAGCAAAUUCAUCAUCUCUUUUGCAGAGGAUGAAGCAGGUGAACUUUAUUUUCUGGCUACCUCCUAUCCCAGUGCCUAUGCGCCUCAUGGCUCUCUCUAUAAAUUUGUGGAUCCUGCAAGGAGAGCUCCACCAGGGAAAUGCAAACACAACCCUGUUCCAGUGAAAACAAAGAGUAAGCGAAUCCCAUUCACUCCACUCGCAAAGACUGUCCCUGAACUGCUUAAUGAACUUCUUGCAACCAAGUCUCCUAAAACAGCUCUUAGCAUCACAGAAACAUCCCAAGCAUCGUCCAGCAGCCCCAAAUCUAAGAAGCCUGCAUCCUCCAAAGGCUCUGCAAAACACAAGCCAGGAAAAUCAAAGCCUGCUGGGCCUGGUAAGAAGCACCCAAAGGCUCAACCUGCCAAAACCAAAGAAUCUAAGGGCAAGUCCACUGGAUCAGAGCAAACAGUAAGGCCUCCACAUAGCUCCAGAGCAGCAGCAUCUCCCCCAAAGAGGAAAGGGUCACAAUUCAGCAGAGCCAAGAAGAAACUUCCACAGGUUCCACAGCUGAGAUCAACAGCUAAGGAGAAAAAACAAAAGAGAAAAGUGAAAAAGAGGUUCAGCUCCAGAAGUGAGAUGUGAGCUUCUAAUGUACCUGAGAAGAAUCAAGUGAAUGUGGAUAGAAUUGCUGGGCAAUUUAUUUGGCUUCCUUUUUGCUCUUUGUAUGAGUCAAAUUGUAAUAUAUUUUUCAUGUAAAAACAUAUGGGAAAACAUUCACACCUGGUAUAAGCAGCUGCUAGUCCACUGAUUGUGAUUAUAAUAUGUGUGUUUAAUUUGGAAUUUAACUGCUCCAGAUGUUUCCCAGAUUGUUGCUUUUCACAAAUCUUACUCUAAGGCCUUUUUCAUCAAUUAAGGAGGUAAUUUGGUGACCACUUGCGGGAAGACAGGGUGACUGAUUUAUACCACUGAUCCGCAGAAGCAGCAAUGAAAUACAAUAAGGGUCUGAGAACCUUGGUCUGAGAAAAGGGAGGCUGAGUAUGUCCAUAACAUUGUUGGUGCCGUAAAAAGGAUCGUUUAUGAGGCUUGCCCUUUCAUUAAUGGGAACCGAACAAACAAUAAACAAUGUUAAUUCAGCUACUGAUGAUAAAAGGCAGCUGCAUUUCUCUUUUCAUCUGUAACACAUUCUAAGAGAGUUGCCCCCUCUAUUCCUGUCUCUUCCUUCAAUUAAAUAUUGGACAAAAUAAUAAAGAAAUCUAUGCUUGUUC